AUGGGCCGCCUGCUGGCCCUGACUGUUGCCUACCUGGCCCACCUGCUGGCCACCGCAAUCGGCUCAGAUCGCCAACAGCACCACAUGCAGCACGGCCGCUGCAGCUACACCUUCAUCCUCCCCGAGGUGGAGCACUGUCAUCCCCUGAAGGACUUUGAGGUCACGAACACACUCCAGAGGGACUCCCCGCCACAAGUCGAACCUGACGUAAGCCAAUCCAAGCAGGGUAAGGCCCAAAAAGAGAGGCCUUCCUGGCAGGAGAGGAAGCUGGAGAGUCUGGAGAACGCAAUGGAGAAUAACACUCUGUGGCUGCAGAAGCUGGAGAACUUCAUCCAAGAGAAUGUGCGCUCUGGGAUGGAGGAAAUGAAGAGAACUGCGGUACACACCCAGACAGCUGCCAUGCUUGAGAUGGGAACCAACCUCCUCAGCCAAUCAGCAGAGCAGACUCGCAAACUGACAGACGUUGAAACCCAGGUGUUAAACCAGACAAGUCGCCUGGAGAUCCAGCUGCUGGAAUAUUCGCUCUUCACUAACCGGUUGGAGAAACAUAUUCUCCUGCAGACUCAGGAGAUCUCACGCCUCAGUGAUAAAAACAGUUUUCUCGAGCAGAGGCUCUUAGCGUUGGAGGCUCAGUAUGGGCAGGAGCUGCAGGGGAUGCAGACUGAAAAGCAGCAGCUUCAGGAGCUCCUGGAGAGGCAGAGUCGACUGGUCAGUCAGCUCCAGGGUGAACUGGGCAGCUCCACACUCAACAGCACCUUACUACAGAGACAGCAGGCUGUGCUCACAGACACUGUUCAGCAGUUGCUGGCUAUGGUCAAUCACUGCAAUGAAAUCUCCAAUAUGCCCAAGGAGGAGCCACUUAGUUUCAGGGACUGUGCGGAGAUCCUGCGAUCUGGAGUGACACAGAGUGGAAUAUAUAGCAUACGUCUCCCCAACUCCACCCAGACUGUCAAGGUUUUCUGUGACAUGAAGACUAGAGGUGGAGGGUGGACUGUGCUACAGCAUCGCAGAAACGGAUCUGUUGACUUCCAUCGUGGGUGGAGGGACUACAAAAUGGGUUUUGGAGAGCCGUCUGGGGAACACUGGCUGGGAAAUGAUAUCAUCCACAAGCUCACCAGCUCCCAGGAAUACAGUCUGCAUGUCCAACUCAAAGACAGAGAGGGGAACGAGGCCUAUUCACAUUAUGAUCGCUUCUACAUAGAUGGAGAGGACGACAACUACAGCCUUCAUGCCGAGGGCUUCAGUGGCACUGCUGGACGGACUAGCAGCCUCACCCACACUGGCACCCAGUUCAGCACCAAGGACAGAGACAAUGACCGUUGCACCUGCAAGUGUUCCCAACUGGCAUCUGGAGGUUGGUGGUUUGAGGCCUGCGGUCCAUCCAACCUGAAUGGCAUAUAUUACCCCAGCUCAUCCAGUGUGGUUCGUUACAAUGGUAUUAAGUGGUACUAUUGGAAGGGUCCAAAUCUGAUGGCUACCAUGACAACCAUGAUGGUGCGCCCGGCAAACUUGUGA